AGAAUGAUAUCGAUGUGGAGUACGAAAACACAUUGAUAAAAGAAGAGCAGUCAAGCAACAGUGACGAGAAAGUCGAGAAAAUUACAAGUAAAAUGGCUACAUUUGGCGCAAAUUUUACAAUACCAGUCUUUGUGCCGGGUGAGUCAAAAUGGGAGAGAUGGCUGCAAAGAUUCAAAGGUGCUUUAGCCAUCAUGAAAGUUACGGACGAUAAAUUGAAAGCUACCUACUUGCUUUAUUACGUGGGAGAUAAGGCCUACGAUGUGCUGUGCGAUACAUUUGGUGAUGUGAUGGUGUCAACAAAGAAGUACGAGAAGUUGAGCGAUAAGCUAAAAGAAAUGUAUGCCUCAGUGACGUUAGAGAUUGCUGAAAAUUUCAAGUUCAAUUGCAGGAAGCAGCAGCUUGGAGAGUCUGUACAAGACUUUGCUAUGGCUUUGAAGAAGCUUGGUGCGAGCUGUGGAUUUGGGGACUUUCUACAGAAAGCAUUACGAAAUCAGUUCGUUUAUGGUCUGAGUAAUCAAAGAAUACAGAAUCGAUUGCUCGAAACAAAGGACCUAACGUUCGAGAAAGUUUUACAAAUAGCUAAUGCUACGGAGCUGUGUGAGAAAGAAACUACACAAUUACGAGGAGAAAACGGCCGGAGAAAAUUGAUGUGUACAUUAAAAUGCGAAGUACGAAAACAAAAUCAAAAAGGACAUCUUGAGAAGAUCUGUAUGCAGAAAGGAAAUACACCGAGGCAAAUUCCUCAAACUGAAGAGGAUUCUCACUUCGAGGUAGUUGAUAUACUCAACGUAUUUUCUGUGGAAGAUUUUCAAAAUAGAGAGAAGUUCGUGAGAGAGCUGAAUGUAAGCAACACCGAGGUAAAUUUUGAGGUCGACAUGGGAGCAGCGGUUUCUAUUAUGUUUUACGAGACAGCCAAGCAGUUGUUCCCAGGAGAGAGGGUUUACAAAUCAUCGUUACAACUAGUCACCUAUUAUUUUUCACCAAUUUUAGGAUUAGGAGCUGUGACUUUAACUAUGAAGCCUGACGCCAAGCCAGUUUUCGUCAAGUCAAGAAGCGUGCCAUUUCGACUCAUACCAUUAGUCGAUGCAGCCUUGGAGUCUUUAGAGAAGGGGAGAGUUUUGGAGCUCGUUAGCUCAUCACCUUAUGCUACUCCGAUCGUACCUAUACUUAAGAGCAAUGGCACCGUACGGAUCUGUGGAGAUUAUAGUGUUACCGUGAAUUCACAACUAAUGGUAAACGAGUAUCCACUUCCGGCGACUUACGAGCUGCUUGUUGAUCUGGCUGGUUGGUAUAGCGAAUGA